AUGUCACAGAAGUCGUUGUUUCCUGGUGUUGCUAUUGUGACGGGGGCUGGAGGAACAGGAAUCGGUGCAGCCACGGUAAAAGCAUUCGCUGCUGCCGGGUGCAAGCGGAUUGCUAUCACUGAUCUCAAUGAAGUCUCAUUAGAACAGACUCGGGACGCAAUUGUCUCCGUCUAUCCCGAAACCCAGCUACUGAUAAGGCCCGGGAAUAUCGCGGACGAAGCCUUUGUCGAGUCUUAUAUGCAAGAAGUCAUAGAUACAUUCAAACGCAUCGAUUAUGCCGUCAACUGCGCCGGAGUCCUAGGAGGAGGCCAACGCUCCACAGAAACAACCUCCGAAACCUUCGACCGUAUCAACAGCGUCAACUACAAAGGCUGCUGGCUCUGCUCUCGAGCAGAACUAAAACACAUGCUUAAGCAAGAUCCAUUACCCAGCCACGAUCCAGAUCGUGAACCUCAACGUGGAUCUAUUGUCAAUGUCGCAAGUCAGCUCGGAAUAGUCGGGCGUCCGGAGGCUCGUAAGUCAUCAUUCGCCCCCUCAAUAUAUCUUACUGCAUCCGGAUCUCUAAACUCUGUUUACUUCCCCUCAGCUGCGUACUGUGGUUCCAAGGCUGCCGUGAUUGGAAUGACCCGCUCAGAUGCGAUCGAUUAUUCCAAGGACGGAAUAAGAGUAAACUGUGUCUGUCCGGGUCUUGUUGAAACGCCCAUGACCGUACAGUCUGAGGAGUCGCGUGAGAGAUUCAGACCGGCUGUGGAAAUCGCUCCGAUGAAGAGGAUGGGGAAGCCGGCUGAGAUUGCUGAUUCUAUUCUGUUCCUAUGUUCUACGCAGGCUUCAUUCGUUCAAGGACAUGCUCUUGUUGUGGAUGGAGGAUAUGUCAUUAAUUAG